UGUUGUUACUCUCUCUACGGCGUCCCGCGUAGCUCAGUCUUCCUCUUCGCGUUGUCGUAGUCAACUUUCCCUUCCCCUUCAAUGACGAUGGGUGACAUGAUAUUCGAGGAGCUGGAGGAUUUAAUGCAUUUUUCCGUCCACGAUUUACCAGCCCGUGGAUAUUCAGUCAUGGAGGAGAUCCGGCGACAGGGGAAACUCUGCGAUGUCACGCUGAAGGUGGGAGAGCACAAGUUUAGUGCCCACCGGAUAGUUCUGGCUGCUUCCAUUCCUUACUUUCACGCCAUGUUCACCAACGACAUGGUAGAGUGCAAACAAGAUGAAAUCGUCAUGCAAGGCAUGGAUCCCAGUGCACUUGAAGCUCUCAUAAAUUUUGCAUAUAAUGGACACAUAGCCAUAGACCAGCAGAACGUUCAGGCACUCCUGAUCGGAGCCAGUUUUCUGCAGCUGCAGAAUGUCAAGGACGCCUGCUGCACUUUCCUUCAAGAGAGGUUGCAUCCAAAGAACUGCCUGGGUGUGCGCCAAUUUGCAGAGACCAUGAUGUGCACAGGCCUGUAUGAUGCAGCCAACAGCUUUGUGCACCAGCACUUUGUGGAGGUGUCUGUAUCGGAGGAGUUUCUGGGCUUACGGCCGGAGGAGGUGCUGGAGCUGGUGGGCUGUGAUGAGCUCAAUGUCAAGGCUGAGGAACAGGUUUUUGAGGCCGUCCUCGCGUGGGUGCGACAUCAGAGGGAGGAGCGAGAGACCUGCCUGCCAGAGCUGCUAUCAAAGACUAGACUGCCCCUGUGCCGACCACAGUUCCUGGCUGACCGAGUCCAGCAGGACGAGCUCGUGCGCUGCUGCCACAAAUGCAGGGAUCUAGUAGACGAGGCAAAGGAUUACCAUCUAAUGCCAGAGCGGCGGCCACACCUGCCUGCCUUCAAGACACGGCAAAGAUGCUGCACGUCCAUCGCGGGUUUAAUCUAUGCUGUCGGAGGCCUCAACAGUGCAGGCGACUCUUUAAAUGUUGUGGAAGUGUUUGACCCUAUUGGUAACUGCUGGGAACGCUGUCAGCCCAUGAGCACGGCGCGGAGUCGAGUGGGCGUGGCUGUGGUAAAUGGACUGCUUUAUGCCAUUGGAGGUUACGACGGCACAUCUCGGCUCAGCACAGUUGAAGUCUACAACCCAGAAACAGACACAUGGACUAAGGUAGCCAGCAUGAAUAGCCAGCGCAGUGCAAUGGGAACAGUCGUAGUUGAUGGACACAUAUAUGUUUGUGGUGGUUACGAUGGCAAGUCUUCGCUUAGUUCAGUAGAGUGCUAUUCUCCAGAAACUGACAGAUGGACAAUAGUAACAGAGAUGAGUGCGAGUCGAAGUGCAGCAGGUGUGACAGUAUUUGAAGGAAGGAUAUUCGUUUCGGGUGGACAUGAUGGUCUACAGAUUUUUAACACGGUGGAGUACUAUAACCAGCACACUGCCCUCUGGCACCCAGUGGCUCCCAUGAUGAACAAGCGCUGUCGGCAUGGCGCUGCAGCUCUGGGCAGUCAGCUGUACAUCGCUGGAGGCUAUGACGGCUCUGGCUUCCUGAGUGGUGCCGAAGUUUACAGCUCUGUGGCUGAUCAGUGGAGCCACCUAGUGCCUAUGAACACGCGUCGCAGCCGCGUCUCCCUGGUGGCCAACUGCGGCCAUCUCUAUGCCGUGGGAGGAUACGAUGGACAGUCCAACCUCAACUCUGUCGAAAUGUAUGACCCGGAGACCAACCGUUGGACAUUUAUGGCACCCAUGGUCUGCCAUGAAGGCGGGGUGGGGGUCGGGUGUAUACCCCUUCAGCCAGCCUAGGACUGCCUCUUAACUUGAAAAAAAAAUCUAAUUUUGUAUCCCUUUUUAUGUUUUUGCUAAAGGGUGAAAUGCAUUUGUGAUCAUGAUGUCUUGCCCUGGGUCCAUGCGUUUGCAUCUGAGGCCCCACGCUUUUGGCGCCAUAGUUGCAGGAAGCCUUGAAAUAUACAGAGCAAACGUUUGAAUUUUUUUUUAACCUCUCUCAAUGACCAAUACUUUCCUUUGAGGUGUGGGUGCUGUCAAAAGCUGCUAGUAUGUGUCAGACUGUGUGGUCCUGUAGUCGAGGCUGCACUCUUGAUCCUGAAGAAAGGAGAGCCAGCCAGAACAGAAGAACAGGAAGCACGUUUGAUAGACUAGAUAUAGAAAAAAAAAAGACAUACCUAAGGCGUGACCGGCACUUGUGAAAGCAUUUGUACUGGAGCUCUUCAGCCAAGGGUAUUCAGAAUAAGGAUAGGAUGUGGACCACUUUAUUUUUGUUUGUGUGUGCUGUUGUAUGUGUGUGCCCAUUCAGGUGAAUGUCUGUGUUUUGUGUGUGAACGUUAGAGCGAGAUAUAAGGGAAGAAAUAAGAGGCAUUUGCUUGGGAUAAACAUUGACACUUGUGAACUGGAAGCUUAUUAUAUCGCUAAGAUUUACAAGAAGGUACAAGUUAACCACUGAAGGUUUAUGUCAAGCAAAUGUGUACUACUUGGGAGAACAUAAUCAUAUAGAUACGAUUUGUAGGGAUAACACAAGCUCUUUUUUUUUUAUUUGUGACCGUUUCUUUUGUGCUUUUGUAACAUGUUGAAAGCAUACUUAAUACUCAGUUUGGGAUAUUGUACUGAAUCUGUACUGAACGUUUCGACAAACGCAACAGCAAUGAUGAACACUUGCAGAACAACCGAACUGCAACGUAACUGCGGAGAACAUCCAUUUAGAUGUGCCAUGGCUCACCCCACCAUCAUAUGGGACUACUUUUGGAUACAGUUCUAACACUUGUCUAACUUGAAAUUCUCUGAACUCUUUUAAGAAGGAUGAAACUGUUAGGUCUAAUGCACUGCUCAAUUUUGACAAUUUUGUACCAGCUGCUCACCAGCUUUGGGUUCUUACCCUAAAGACCUUGCAGUUUCUAGAUAGGAGACACCCUAGUGCCACCUAGUGAGGUGAAACGGUUAUGAUUGAUAGCAGUGGCUGACUUACCUCACAGAUAGCUGUCUGCAUCUUUCUUUAUUGGGCGUAUGGAUGGAGAUCGAGACCAAAUUAUGUGUGUAGUUAUAAUGACCAGCAUUAGCAGUGUGAUUUCAUUGUGCAGUGGCAUCAUUUCGUGUUGUGGUGGGAGGUGGAAUCUGUCCUUCGUGUGCAGUUGCAGAAUCAGGGUUGGGGUGCAUGUGUGGAAAUAUCAGCUAGCGAACAGGCUUUUGUAAAUUAGUCUCAGCCGGUUGCUUUUGUGUGAUUGCAAAGUAACAGAUCUUAAUAUGGGAUUACUGACUGUGAAUUUUUGAUUACGGAUGAUGUUUUCUUCCUUUUCCUUUUUGGCCAUUUGCUCCGUUCUUCUGCUGAUCUUGUUUUACGAUGGAUUUUGUAUAAUAUACAGUAUGUAUUGUAAUCUUCAGUCAUGGUGCAGUAUUUUUUUACUACUUAUAAUUUUUUUUGGGAUUUCUGAACCACAGAAUUUUUAUUUAUUUUUAGUUGUAUGUUUUUUCUUCCUGCUCUUUUUACAGCAUUGCACAUAAUAGUUUGAUAAUUACUGUCUCAAAAUUGAAAAUCAAGUUUAUAGAUGUGUAAUAUAUAAACAGAAGAUCUUAUGUGGACCAUUGAAUCUCUUUCUAGUUUAUUUCCCAUCUGUCAGAUAAUCUUUAGCUACCUCCGUUUGAGAUGGGAGAGGUCAGACAGGGCCGGACCCAGACAGCCACCCUGGUGACUCUAACUUCUGUUUAAACUGAAGGAUCUCAAAACUGGUGACUGAUCUCUCUUGUGUGGGACUUAUUCAUGUUACGGAAAUGUUUUAAAUAAAUCAUGUUCUUUUUUAACGAACA